AGUCUUUUUGUUAGAAUUAAACGUGACGUUUGGUUUCUUUUUUGUCUCAUUAUUUCUAAGAGACUUAAAAUCUAGAUCUAUUUUCUUUCCUGUAAAAUUUUUGGAUAGUUUUAAGGAUAUUACAUUUUAAAAGUAAAUCUUGUUCGGUUGAUGCUAUGACUCUUAUUUUAUUUAUCUUUGUUCUAGUGUGUGCUUAUAUACCGGAGAGUAACUGUUUAAUGCACAAGGAUUCUCGAGAUCUCAAUGACUAUUGUCUACAAAGGAUCUUACCUUACAUUCCACUGUCCAGCACCGAUAAAAUCAUUAAAAGAUGUUUGAAACUGACAGAGUUUUUCCAAUGCCUUUUGGAGACCAAGACCAACCCUUCCAAUAAAGUGUUUAGAGAAUAUACAAUCUUCCGCUUUCAGAAGUAUUACCCCAAGAGAUACGACCUGGAACGUGGAGGUUACUUAUUUUGUAAACAUAUCUUGCCGGAAAUCAUCAAAAACUUUGAAAUCAAUGACAAUAAGAUUGAUACAUGUGAAGAUCAGCUCGAGUAUAGCCAGUGCUACAUUCCUGAUGAAUACAAAUUAUUGACUGGCAACGACAGUGCCAAUGUCAAGUUGAAAAGAAUUCAGAGUCUGUCUUGCGAUUAUAGUGUGCAGUACUAUACGUGUCUUGCGAGACAGUUUGAGGACUGUAGCAGUACUGACUUCCCCAUGUUUUACUUUGAGCUAGCCAUACUUGGGCCCUCCUGCUUAAUAAAGCACAGAACAUUUAUCCCAAAAGUAGUCCAAAAAAUUUGUUUGUCUCUGUUGUCUACUCCCAGCCAUUACAGCGUCUUACGUGCCUCGAAACUGCUCAUCACUUUUGUAGCCACUUUCUCAUUGGCUUUGACCAAAGUAGUGACUUCACUUCAGUCAAAGAAGGAUUGAAACAGGGCAGUCUCAGUUUAUUGAACGGUAUUAAAUGUUGUUCUUUCUUCUUGUCUUACUAUGCACGGAACUAUAUUAUAUGAUGGUGGAGAUUAUAAAUAGUAAAUUUGUAAAUUAAUAAAUUGGUUUGUUAAUUU